UUUCCAGCACAACGAAACGAAUUUCAAAGUUUGAAAAUUUUCUAUUUAUUUAUUGAAAUAAAUUCGUUGAAAGCCAAGUUCUUCUUCUUGGCUAAUCGCAAAAAGCAAAAAAAAAACAGACAAAUACCUCAAGAUGUAUAAGGACAAAAUGGUAAAGAACGACUCCUUCGAGCCGGAUCUGCGCAAGGAGGGCACCUACAUCUGCCCCAUGCCGCAGCCGCCGCCGGGGCCGAGGGGCGCGCAGAACUGGCACGGCCAUCUGGCGCCGCACGAGCGUCUCUUCUACCACCAGACGAUGAGCUCGGUGCGCUACAGCAAACGUUUUCGCUGCAGUGUGAACAUACCCAAGGAUUCGUUGGACUUUCAGCUGCAGGCGCGCUACGAUCACGGUCGUGAAACGUUUCCGGAGAAGAUUGAUGCCGUGCUGCAGCGGGACACGUGCCCGGCGCUGACCAGCUGGGCGGCACCACAUGGCCAGAAGGAGGUGGGCGCCAUUUCACGCAUGAAUCUGUUCCGUGUGCUGCGCAAUACGCGCGUUGCGCGCCUCAAAAUGGAGGAUGCACUGGGUCAUCCAUUGAUUAUAGGUGGCAUCAAGGAGAAGAUACAUCCGUCGAGCGUCAAACUGAUCUGCAGCGGUGUCCAUACGCAGCUGGUGAACAACGGCUUCUCCCGCCAGACAUCCGAUGGCAACUUCUUCCGCUAUUAAACGAGACACGCCCCCU